AUGUUACGGUGCACGUCUGCUCUGGUUAUCGCUUUGCUGACGACAGCGGCGCUCAAUUCACCUCUGCUGUGCGACGCUGAAGAUGUAUCAGCCGUUGCGGAGCUACGCAAUGCCAGGAACGCGCCUCCACGCCGAGUGGUCAGGAAGCUGCGUCCGCCACCUACAGCUCCUGCGAGUCCGCCGCCGCAGGACGCGCGCGCCAUAGUUGGGGAACUUGAUGUGCUUAUCUCGGACAAAUCUUCCCCUCAAUUUUUUGUCCGACAACGUGAGGGAUUCGUCUUUCCUGUUCUCCUAAACGAGACCGACGCACUGCCGUACACGGGCUACAUCGUCCGGCUCUAUGCCGCUGGCAAUACCAGUGAUGGUACGGCACCUCCCCAGAUGGCGUCGGGAGGCGCCAAAGAUUUUAUGCCAGGGGACCUCACACCUGCUAACAGCGGUGCUCUAGCAUUGGACACGAAACCCAUAGCCGUACGUGACAUUGAAUUCUUGGGCCCUGCAAACCCGGGUGCUGGUAAAUCCGCUCCUGGUGGUGAACGCCGGAAUAUUACCAGCAUUGUAUUUUUGGUCAGCUUCUGCGGCUGGAAAGCACCUUUUGAUUUAGCAACGUUCCAAUCCAUGUGGCUUAACGGCCCUGGCACACGAGAAAAUGCCAGGACGAUGCAGAACUACUGGAGUGUUUGCUCCCAGGGCAAGGCUGUCAUGGAUAAGGACACACAGACCAUCUUCGAGGUGCCGUUGCCCUGCAGUGGCACCAUCAAUAACAAGUACUACAGUUUUUCAGCCGCCAGAUUCGACUAUGCAAUGACGCUCUAUUCAAUAAUGAACGCGGCUGAGGACUAUGUACAGGCUACUCUUGGGUUGAACGUGACAGGCAUUCAGCAACGCGUCGCAGUACUGCCUGCUGAAAUAGACCGCGACAGUAACAUUAAAGGCAUGGCAUUAAACCCAGGCUGCUUGGGAACUAUUUGUUACACUUUCAUAAACGGGCGCUACGCUGAUGAUCUCACGGUCUAUUUUCACGAGAUGGGACACAACCUCGGUCUUGACCAUUCUGGUCGUACGGGCCUGACAGGUGUUGCAGUUCGUUAUUGGAUUGGCAAAUCUCCUGGUGCAUUCAGUGGCAAGACCUGCUACAACGCCCCCAACAUGUGGCGCUUGGGCUGGAUGCCACCCCUACGAGGAGGCGACCUAAACGGCAGCACCCUGGACAUCGGCAGGCCGAUGACUUUUUCGCUCCCUGGCUCCAAGUCUUACAUCCGCAUUGAGCCAACUUGGGCUCUCCGAGGUGACGAGGUGUACAAUGAGCGGUACAGUCCUAUACCUGUUUUCUUCAUUUCAUAUCGCUACCUGGAAGCUCCUUUCAACAACUUAUCGCCUCCAAGCAGCCGUGUCCUGGUGCACACGUUUAGUGGAACACAGGUAAUACAUUUCCUUUCAAAGCAAGGCAGGGGUACAGGGCGGCGGCAGAGUCAUGCUUAG